AUGUCACCGGUGCUGUGCAUGUCCUUCUUGGCCCUGGUCCUAUCAGGAGGAGCCUGGGCAUUUGCUCCCUUUGGGGGCGGAGCCUCCACCCACGUCAGCAUCACGGGAGCGGCCGUUCUACAGAAGGUCACAGAGGUGUGCCGAGCCAUCGCCGAGUCAGAGGGACGAGACUUUACCCCCACGGGUAACUCUGCUGAGGAGCUGGUCCAGGCCUGCCUGGGACCCAAAGCAACAGGUGAAGUGUCAGCAGCUAAGUUCAAAUCUGCCCUGAAUGAGAUCUACAUACAGAACGGACAGGUGGACAGAGACUUUGUCAACAGCCCAGCCCAUCACUUCAACUCAGAGGCGUUUGCUGAGGGCCGGCGCCUUAUAACUGACGGGGUGGCCAGCAUCAAGGCCAGCGUACAAAGGGAGAACUUCCAGGCUGCCAGAGAGACACUGGGGAGAGUACUACACACACUACAGGACUUCUACAGCCACAGUAACUGGGUGGACCUGGGAUACACUGAACCCUUUGCCAACCUGAUCCGCCCCGAUCUCCCACUGGAAAACCUGGCAGAUGUCAGCACCCCGACCUGCAGUGACUGUGCCAAUGGGGGGUUAUGUUCAAACUCCAUCCUUCCUAACAUCCUUAAUGAGAAGAAACUCACUUCUGGGUACAUGGGGAUCUUCUCCACAGCUAAGCCUAAAGGUAAGUGUAGUCAUGGCGGUGCAGCUGACCUAAACAGCUCUGAGGUUCCUCGCGGGGGCAUCAGCAAGGACGAGCGUCGCUCUGACAACGUGGCCCUGCACACUGCUGCUGUCACCGUGGCAACGACCGCAACCCUCCAGCUGCUGGACGACAUCCGGGGAGCCGCCGGUGACAACAACUACCUACGCUUCAUGGGCAUAGCGCGAUCGGCAGUGGUUGCUUUUGUGAUCGACACCACGGGGAGCAUGAAGGAUGACAUCCUUGAAGCCAAGAGAGUCGUCAAUGAGAUCAUCGACAGCAAAAAGGGAACACUGGACGAGCCCUCCCAGUACAUCCUGGUCCCAUUCAAUGACCCAAAGUUCGGACCCCUGAUAAGAACGACAAACCCUGAUGUUAUGAAAACAGAGAUCGCUAAACUCAAAGCUGAUGGGGGCGGAGACCUCCCUGAGAUGUGCUUAUCAGGUCUACAGUUGUUGGCGCUGACCGGUGCCCCUGCGUCGUCCCACAUCUAUGUUUUCACAGAUGCCGUUGCCAAGGACAUUGCGUUAAGGGACACCAUCUUGGCCCUGAUCAGGAGCACCAAGUCAGCUGUGUCUUUCUUCAUGACUGGUGAUGGUGCUGGUGCUAGAAGGAGGAGAAGUGGAGUAGAGUCCAGGGCAGCUACAUUCCAGACCUACAAGGACCUGGCGCUGGCGUCUGGUGGUCAGGCCAUUGGAGUCACCAAGGAAAAUCUGCCCCAGGCCACUGACGUCAUCAUCGACUCCUCCACCUCCGCUCUGAACCCUGCAGAACCUCAAACAUCCCUGAACAACAUCACCAUCUACAUCACUGGAAAGUCCCUCACCUUCACCCUGAAGAACCCUGCAGGUGUGACCCAGAAACAGAACGAGGCCAACGGGGAACUGGGGACUGUCCAGACGGUGGGCAACCUCUUCCGGGUCCGUCUGGCCUCCAACAAACAGACAGGAUUAUGGGAAAUCAGCAUGAACUCCAACCAGCCCUACACACUGAAGGUCACUGGUCAGAGUACCAUUGCCUUCAUUUAUGACUUUGUGGAGACUUUCGAGGGACCUCACCCAGGAUACGCCCUCAUCUCUGGCCGUCCAAAAGCAGGUAUGCCUGCCAUGCUGUUGGUAUCAGUGUUGGGCAGAAAGGGCCCAGCCUCUGUCAAGGUGGCCAACGUUGCCUUGGUGACCGUGUCAGGGUUAGAGGUUGUAGGCGGUACCCUGGAAGACAUGGGCAAUGGAGACUUCCUAGUUACGGUAACCAAGGUCCCUGUGGGGGAGUUUGUGGUGCUGUUGAACGGGACAGACGUGGUCUCCUCCACCGUGUUCCAGAGACAGUCCACCACUCAGAUGUCCGUCUCCAAGGUUACCAUCAAGGCCGUGGUGGACAGAAGCAUGGAGCCUGGUAAACCCUUCACCCUUCCCUUCACCGUCAUGACCGACGCCACUGGAGGCAGCUACAAAAUCAGUGCCAGAAACGACAGAGACUUCAAAAUGAACGUCCCCAGCAGCAUCGCUGUGACCACCGGUGGAAACGCCACCGGUGAACUGACCAUCACGGUGCCCGCCAACACACCCUCAGGAACAGACGUCACCCUGACCAUCGAGGCUGUGGCCCCGGGCGUCCGACUCCAACUACGCCGUCCUGCGCCUCUCUGUCGUCACCAAGGUAACCUCAGAUAUGUAGAUACAUCUACACUGAGAGUAAAAAACAUUAAGAACACCUGCUAUUUCCAGGAUAUAGACUCACCAGAUGAAUCCAGAAUGGGAGCGGGCAGCCUCUCCACUGCAGUGUUCAUGGGCUCUCUGACAGUGGAGCUGGUGGCGGUGGACAAAGCCAUGAAUGUCGGCACCUGUCUAUACACCACCAAGGUGACAGAUGUCACCCCUCCCCAGUGUGAGGUGGUCAGCGUCUCAUCGGUCGACUGCCCAGCUGACCCAGCAUUCUGCAACUCUGCCUUCUGGCAGCUCUCUGCCAACCUGACAGAUGGCGUCAAUGGCACAGGCAUCGCCAGCCUCACACACCUCCAGGGCGUAGGCAGCCUCACCCACACGGACCUGAAGCAGAUGGUUGUUGCUGCAGUGUUCAACGCUUCGUGCUGCUCUCUGACAGUGGAGCUGGUGGCGGUGGACAGAGCCAUGAAUGUCGGCACCUGUCUAUACACCACCAAGGUGACAGAUGUCACCCCUCCUCAGUGUGAGGUGGUCAGCGUCUCGGUGGUCGACUGCCCAGCUGACCCAGCAGCCUGCAGCUCCGCCUUCUGGCAGCUCUCUGCCAACCUGACAGACGGCGUCAAUGGCACAGGCAUCGCCAGCCUCACACACCUCCAGGGCGUAGGCAGCCUCACCCACACGGACCUGAAGCAGACGGUCGUUGCAGCAGCGUUCAACGCUUCGUGCUGCUCUCUGACAGUGGAGCUGGAGGCGGUGGACAGAGCCAUGAAUGUCGGCACCUGUCGGUUUUCCAUCGUCCGCAACGCGGGACCACCCUCCAUCGCUCUGUCCCUCCCACUGUUGGUGUGUCUGCUGGUCUCUGCCUUCUUCACUACGUCCCUCAGAGACCUACUUAUUUGAUCUAAUGCUGCAUUCACAACCAAGUGGGAAUCUGUCAUUUAAACUUUGUGAAGUGCACAUGCUUGGGAAACACUGAUUUGGCUAAUGGACAACCAGCUGCGACAACCAUAAACACAAAGUACAGCCAUCAUGCUUGCCAACUAAUUAUAGUUUUCAAAAGCCAUAUUAGAUUAGAUAGAUAGAUAAAUAGAUUGCUUUUAAUAAGGUUUCGUUGCAUUUAACUGCUGAAAAUGCUGUUAUCGAGUUAAUUUCCUUAGCAAGUGACAUCAGAGGUCAGCAUUUGGGAGAAGUUGUAGCUCAUGGGUGAUAGACUAGUAAUUACCAGUUGGAGGGGCGUUCAAGUGGAUUUUCCUCUGUCUUAUGUGGUAAAUGCCACCUUCCCACUUGGUUAUGGUAAUAUCGUAAGGCUCAUGUGUUGACUGUCUUCCCGAAACUGCCUCUUAAUGCUAACGGUUACGUUCCAGGUCGACCAUAUUGCAGACAUUGCAUUGCAUCAACAACUGCUUUGCGUGAUACAUCAUUGUCGCCGAAAUGAUGCAUCAGAUACGAUGUGUGAAGCUGAUAUGUUGAACACCUAUCCACGUGUGAACUCUGGCAGGCGUCUGCAAAGUAGUCAGCCUGAAACAUGGCCAAAGCCACAAUGAAAAUGAAUGUCUCUUUUGUAAAAAAAACUGCCAACAGUCUCUCUCUCUCUCUAGGCACUUUCUCAACGUGUUAUUUGCACUGUAAGAUGUUUUCAUUUUUGUAGCAUAAUGUAAGUCUUUAGUUUACAUCUGUCAUGAAUAAAACAUCUCUGCUUUC